GGAUGACUCCGGGUGUACCUUGCGGCUUGCGGCCUGCAUCGGCUGGCGGCGGAUGUCAUGACGUACGACAACAGCUCCCCAAUGGCUCCCGAACACAGCAUUUACAUUCAUACCGUAUCUUGAUAAAUAUCUUCCACUUACCCUCACCGCUCUGCAAAGCCGGGAUAUCUUGCCAACGCCGCAAUGACCGACUUCUUGAUUCCAGAUCCACACACCUACCAUCACGGCCUCAGCUCGCACUUCGAGUCCGAAUCGAUCCCGCACUCCCUUCCCACCGCGCGGAACAGCCCGCAGAAGCCACCCUACGGCCUUUACGCCGAAAAGCUCUCUGGCAGUGCCUUCACCGCGCCUCGCCAUCUCAACAAGCAAACCUGGCUGUACCGAAUCCUUCCAUCGGCCUCGCACAUCCCCUUCACCAUCUGCGAGUCCCCCAACGCCCUCGAAGCAGAAUGCCGGCAAAUCCCCAAUCAGCUCCGCUGGGACCCUUUCGACGUCGAUGAUUCCGCCACGUUUAUCAGCGGCCUGCGACUCCUCGGGUCCGCAGGCGACAUCCCAACAAAGAACGGCUUGGGCAUCUACGUCUACACCUGCGGCCGCAGCAUGCCCGACACCGAGGCGUUCUACAGCGCCGACGGGGACAUGUUGAUAGUCCCGCAGGCGGGAACUCUAGACGUGCGCACGGAGCUCGGGCGACUGUUGGUACGGCCGAUGGAGAUUCUCGUCGUGCCGCGGGGAAUCCGGUACAAUGUUGCGCUGCACGAGCCGCGCGAGAGCGAGGGGGCGAGGGGGUACAUCCUCGAGACAUGGACGACGGGACACUUUGAGCUCCCCGAGCUGGGGCCGAUCGGUAGCAAUGGCCUGGCCAAUGCGAGGGACUUCCAGAUCCCGACUGCAGCGUACAUCGACUCCACCGCGACGCACACCAUCAUGGCGAAGUUCAACGGGAAGCUGUUCCGUGCUUCGCAGAACCACAGUCCGUUCGAUGUGGUGGCGUGGCAUGGAAACUACUACCCGUUCAAGUACGACCUGGGAAGGUUCAACACCAUCGGCAGUAUUUCCUACGACCAUCCGGACCCGAGCAUCUUCACCGUGUUGACGGUGCAGUCGGCGGUUCCCGGGACCGCGGUAGCGGAUUUUGUCAUUUUCCCGCCGAGGUGGUUGGUCGGCGAGGAUACGUUCCGCCCGCCAUGGUUCCAUAGGAAUUGUAUGAGCGAGUUUAUGGGGUUGAUCGACGGCGACUACGAUGCUAAAACAUCCGGUGGAUUCGUACCAGGUGGGGCGAGUUUGCAUAACGUGAUGGCCGGACAUGGGCCAGAUGCUGGCACGGCGGAGAGGGCGAGUGAGUGCGAACUGAAGCCGCAAAAGGUCGGCGCCGGGAGUAUGGCGUUCAUGUUCGAGAGCUCGUUUAUGAUUGGCGUCAGCGAGUGGGCGUUGGCAGGGUGUAGGAAGGUCCAGGAGGAGUAUAACGUAGAGAGUUGGACGGGGGUGAAGAGGAGGUUCAAGGCUCCUGGGGCAGGGACAUAGUAUCACGUGCACUAUAAAUAGAUGUUGCUGAACAAUGUAUCGUCAAACUAUGCACCUAGCAGCGCAUCACAGCAAUACGAUGGUGAAGCCGAGAGUGUUCUCGAGUCUCCGGCAACAGCACUAUCUAGUAUUCGAUCUUGAAGGAAUGAGAUGAUCA